AUGAAUAAACAAAUAUCUAUUACCUCCUUUUUUAAAAGAAAAAGACAGGAAAAUGAUACAAUUUCAGUUGAGGAAGACACAACCCCAAUUAAUGAAGAUAUUAAUCCUACAACAGCACAUAACCAAGAAGAAGAGCCUUAUAAAAGGAGGAGAAUUGAUAUAGUAGAUAUAGAUUCUUUAGAACGUGACCCAGGAUUACGUCCUCCAAUUUGGGAUUAUCCUGCUGGAAGAGUACGAAACGAAGUAAGACGUGCUUAUAUAAAACUAGGCCCAUACCAACCCAAGUUAGAUUACCCUUUUUCAGGGCCAGUGAAACAUCGUCGUCGAUUUCAGUCUACUUGGUUUAAAAAUUUUCCCGAUUGGUUGGAAUACUCACCCUCAAAAGAUGCAGCAUUUUGUGUACCUUGUUAUUUGUUUACUGAGACACCAGAUGCUCGAGUAAAGGCAUUUACUUUAACCGGAUUUAAAAAUUGGAAAAAGGUUAAUGAUGGAAAACAUUGUGGAUUCCUUGCUCAUGUGGGAGAAGGUCCAUGUACAAUACAUCGAAGUGUUGUACAAUCAUAUAGGACUCUCCCUAAACAAAAGGCAAAUAUUCGUAAUGUUAUCAAUAAACAAAGUGAAAGGCAAAUUAAGCAAAAUCGCUUGCGUCUCAAGGCUUCUAUUGAUGUUCUUCGCUUGUUAACUACACAAGGUUGUCCUUUAAGAGGUCAUGAUGAGUCGAAAGAUUCACACAAUCAAGGAAACUAUCUUGAAUUUAGAAAAACUUUGGCGAUAUAUAAUAAAGAUGUUGGCAAAGCAAUAAGACAAGCUCCUUAUAAUUCCAAGUACAAUGCUCCAUCAAUCCAAAAAGAGAUUCUCCACAUUAUUUCUAAUAUGGUUCGCAAGAACAUUAGACAAGAAAUUGAAGAUUCCAAAUUUUGUAUUAUUGUUGAUGAAGCACGAGAUGAAUCUAAAAGAGAGCAAAUGGGACUUGUAUUAAGGUUUGUUGACCGGAACGGAACAAUUAGAGAACGAUUUUUUGACCUUAUACGUGUUUCAGAUACAUCGGCAGCAACUCUCAAGAGGGAAUUGUGUUCAGUCCUUUCUCGACAUGAAUUAGCGAUUGAAAAUAUUCGAGGUCAAGGAUAUGAUGGUGCUAGUAAUAUCAGAGGUGAGUGGAAUGGUUUGCAGGCAUUAUUUCUGUCUGAUUGCCCGUAUGCUUAUUAUGUUCAUUGUUAUGCUCACCGUUUACAACUUGCUUUAGUUGCUGCAUCUAGAGAUGUAAGUCCGAUUCAUCAAUUUUUUUCUAAUUUAACUUUUAUUGUCAAUGUCAUUGCUGCAUCUCCCAAACGUCUUGAUGAAUUGCAUGCAACUAAAGCUGCUGAAAUUAAAUGGUUGUUAUCUAUUGGUGAAAUAGAAAGUGGUAGAGGGGCUAAUCAGAUGGGUACCCUCAAAAGAGCUGGAGAUACACGUUGGGGUUCACAUCUUCACUCUAUUCGUAGCUUUCUUAAAAUGUUCAAUGCAAUAGUCUCAGUACUUGAGCAUAUCAUGGCAGAUAAGUCGUGUACAUAUUCUCAACGUGGGGAUGCUGAUGGUGCUUUAAAUUUAUUGAUUUCCUUUGAUUUUGUGUUCAUAGCACAUUUAAUGGAAGAAAUUUUGAGAAUUGCUGAUGUUCUUUGUCAAGCUUUACAACAAAAGUCUCAAGAUAUUGUGAAUGCUAUAAAACUAGUCUCUACGAGUCAAACACUCAUUCAAGAAAUGAGGGAGAAUGGAUGGGAAAGUUUUUUGGAUUCAGUGGGACUGUUUUGUCAACAACAUGAUAUUCUGGUUCCUAAUAUGAAUGCUCCUUAUCUAGCUCGUAGGGAUAGAGCUCGUCAUCAACAAGAUCAAGUUACAAUGAACCAUUUUUAUCGAGUUGAAAUAUUCUUAAGUACAAUUGACAAGCAAUUACAAGAGCUGAACCGUAGAUUUAACGACAAUGCAUUGGAGCUCUUGACCUUAUCGUCAUUGUUAGAGCCAAAGGAUGGUUUUAAACAAUUUGAUAUCAAUAAGAUUUGCAUACUAGUAGAAAAGUAUUAUCCAAAAGAUUUUACGGAGCAAGAGAGAUACAAUCUGAAAGAUCAAUUGCAACAUUUCAUUUGUGAAGUGAAAGAAGAUCAAAAUAUGAGAAAUUAUUCUACUUUGGAGGAAGUUUGUGAACAAUUGGCAAAAACAGGAAAGUCAAAUGUUUAUUUUUUGUUUGACAGAUUAAUACGUCUAAUAUUGACUCUUCCUGUGUCAACAGCUACAACUGAAAGAGCAUUCUCAACUAUGAAAAUCAUGAAGACAAGACUGCGUAAUAAAAUGGAAGAUGAGUUUUUGGCGGAUAGCUUAGUUAUUUAUAUUGAAAGGGAAAUUUCGAAGAGUUAUAGCACCAAGUCAAUUAUUGAUGAUUUAAAAAUUUUGAAAGACCGUCGAGCGUUACUUUAG